CCGUGCUUCCUCCACCACAGAAUGUAAGUGUGGUCAAACAAUACAUUCGAGGGUAUACAUUACGGGCAGAGGUGAAGUGGAGUAUCCCAGACAAUGCCGGAUGUUACUUCAAGCUGUAUUGGAUGACGUCAAAAAGAGGUUCUUUCUAUUCUAGAGAGCUCAGAGAGACAGGUUUCAGCUAUGAACUCAGCAACUUGGAUUUCGACAGUGACUACAAACUUGAAAUUCAGACCUAUGAUAGGACCUUCCAGAUCUCUAGUGAGAAAGUCACUGUGGAGUUUAGCACCCCAAGCUGUCUCCAGUCAACCAAUUAUAAUUAUUUGUCCUGUGCCCCAGAUCCACCUGUGGAUUUACGAGCCAACAUCAGUGGACCAUAUGAAGUGAACGGGUCCAUGUUCGCUAAUGUAACCCUGACUUGGAAACCGCCCAGACAUGUGAGCUGGCACAACACAAUCAGUAAAUACGUGCUUUCUUUGAGGAAAACACCUGACAUCAGAUUCACACAUCUCAUCCGACCAGACAGAAGAAUUUUUACUGUGGAUGGGGAUACGACAGAGUGGACAGUUGAUGUCGACUGGGAUUCUGAAUACGUUGUAAAUAUCCUAGCUGAGUCUAAGGGAGGUCAGGGAACGAAAGCUACUCUACAGUUUAUUACAGGGGUUGGAUAUUCGAAACUCGUGUCUGAAGAAUAUCAAGAUUCGAUUGCAGAUUCUGUGAAACACUCCAACAAAAUUUACUAUAUCACAGUGAUCCCUACACUCACACUAGCAGUGGUCAGUUCUAUCUGUGCUGUAGUCUACUUCAAGCUCAGGAAAAGUUCCCGUCACUUGGCAGCUCUUAGAAGAGAGCAGGUAAUUAACCCUAUAUAUGAGAAGCCUGUAGUGCCCACUAAAGAAGAAGUAAAACCCCUACUUUCCAAUGACAAGUAUGAAGUUGCCUACAGUUCUCUGACGUUUAUAGAAGUACUUGGCGAAGGUGCAUUCGGAAAAGUCUUGAAAGCCGAGUUCCUCUUACCAAUUCAAGCAGACGGUCAAACUUCAAUAUCGAAAACAGUAGCUGUUAAAAUGUUGAAAGAACACGCUACACCGGAAGAGAAACGGUUUUUAUUACUAGAAAUUAAUGCAAUGAAAUUUCUGGGUGACCAUCCUCACUUAGUCAGCAUCAUAGGCUGCGUCACAGACAUAGACACGCCUUGUCUGAUCAUGGAUUACUGCCCUUUAGGUGAUUUGAGAAGCUAUCUAUGCAAGCAUAAAACACAGGUAACUUGUAACUACAAUAACAGAACUACCACAGCAGAGGCCAGUACUAUCAGCAAUAAUUAUAACAGUUCCAUCAGCAGUAAUUCUCACAGUACCAGCUCACUCACUAAUAAUACAGGUUCAACGAUUACAAAUUCAGCAGAAACGUUAACACAGGCCAAACUGCUGUCAUAUGCGAGACAGAUCGCUGUUGGAAUGGAAUAUCUAAACCAACAUCGCUUCAUCCAUAGAGAUUUGGCAUGUCGAAAUAUUCUCAUGUCAAGUCACACAGUGGUGAAAAUAUCCGACUUCGGCCUGUCUCGGGAUGUAUAUGAAACCAACUUGUACCAGCCCACCUCUGGGAGACGUUUGCCAUACAAAUGGAUGCCCCCAGAGUCCAUAUUUGACCAGAUCUUCACAAUCAAAAGCGAUGUUUGGUCCUAUGGCAUCUUACUGUGGGAAAUUGUCACUCUAGGAGGAUGCCCUUAUCCAGGUAUACCAAACAAAGAUCUUUUCGAUUUGCUCAAAGGAGGCUACAGGCUUGGGAAGCCAAGUAAUUGUUCAACAGACUUAUAUAAUAUAAUGCUCAACUGCUGGCACCCGCAGCCUGUCGACAGACCAUCUUUUACAGAGCUGAGAAAAAAGAUUGAGGGCAUCCUGGAAACAACAUGUUCAUACAUGGACUUAAACACGUAA